AUGUCAUUACACAAAGAUACAACGCUUACAAAAAUAUUUGUUGGUGGACUUCCAUAUCAUACAACUGAUGAAACUUUGAAAAAAUUUUUUGAACGUUUUGGCGAAAUCGAAGAAGCAGUGGUUAUUACUGAUCGACAAACGGGAAAAAGCCGUGGAUAUGGAUUUGUCACAAUGGUUACAAAAGAAGCAGCUGGCGAAGCAACGAAAGAUCCUAAUCCGGUUAUUGAUGGUCGAAAAGCCAAUGUCAAUUUAGCUUAUUUGGGUGCAAAACCAAGGAUUAUACCAUCUCCUGCAGGAUUGAUACCUUUACAUUUAGCUGGUGCGUAUUCGGCUGCCUUACCGGCUACCUAUGGCAUACAACCGAUCUAUUAUCAACAGACACCAACCUUAGUGUCUGCUACACAAAGUCUCGUACUUCCAAAUCAAACAACUACAUUAACUCAAGCUGGUCAAACACAACAAGCAACAGGCCCUACACCGUACUAUGAAUUAACAUAUGCCACACCGUUAACAUCGUCGUUAACAAGUGAUGCAAAUGGAACAUAUUGUUCUUAUACAUCUCCAUUGCAAGGGCAAACUCUCCCAUCUGGUUAUACAUACGCACAAAUACCAACUGUACAAACAGGAAACCUGACAGAAAUUCAACAGCAACAACAACGUGAUAACGAAAAAAUAAUACCAUUUUUAUCUAGACAUAAUUUUACACAAAUACAAAAUGUACCAGAUAGUUUAUCACAACGAUUAUUUAUUCAAUCAAAUGGACAUGUAAAUGUUCGUUAA